AUGAGGAGCGGAUCCAGCUUCACAGGUGACGUGUUUCGAUCGCAUCCAAAUUCUCUUUAUCUCUUUGAACCAAUGCAGUAUCUAUCACAGAGUGUUGGAAACAACGAAAUCCCUUAUGUGAAUGGAACCACAAGGUCCUAUGAUAAAAGCCAGCUGCAUGAAGUCCAUGCUGAAAUGAUCAUCAAUCUUCUGCUGUGCCGCUUUGAAGAUGUUCCUUUCCAGGUCUUUAAAACAAGCCACUUCCUGUACCAUAACCAUCUCGGCCAGCAUUACAGCUGUUCGCAACGUAUUAAAGAUAGUGUUACUGGCAUGAGACAGCAAUGUAUUCCAGAUCUUAUCAAAAAGUGCAAAGGAGCAAAUUCAUUUACUAUUAAGUUCAUAACAGUAAGAAUGCAAGCCAUUUCAAUUAUAAUGAAGCUUCUUCCAGAAGUCCAUGUCAUUCAUUUGGUGAGAGAUCCUCGACCCGUCUUGCUUUCACAAAUACACGUCGGCCAAAUUGAUAAAACGAAAAUCGAAAAUGAAAGUAGCUCACAUUGUAAAAUUCUUCAGAAUGAUUUAGCAGAGACAAAAGAAAAUAUUUAUCAAAACAAUUUUCACCGACAGAAGUAUGAGGAUCUUGCACAUGAUCCACUUGGACAGUUUCAGGGUUUGUUUAAUUUAUCUGGAUUGGAAUUUAGUCAUGCAGUUCAGAACAGAGUUAAAAGUAUAGCAAUGAAGAAAGGGAUGAUGAGCAAAUGCCUGUAUUGUUCAGAAAAAGGUGGUGCAAUGGCGACUUCAUUACAAUGGAGGGUUUCAUCAAACUAUUCAAUUGUUCAUGCAAUCCAAGAGCAGUGUGUAAAUGUUAUUGACAAACUAGGAUAUGUCUUAGUAAAUUCCACAAAUGAUCUACGGAACACAAAAAUUUCACUGAUGAAGUGGUAG